GAAUUCUCCGAAUAUUAUCCUCAUCGGAGGAGCUUCAGAGCUCAGCAACGGAGAAACCACUACCGGUGACCGGACUCCUCACUUUCUCCGUUUUCCUUUAAUUUCUCUUCAAAUUUUCCGAUUUGUACUUCACCGUUCUUACUCCUCUCAGUGAACUUUCAAACGCCGACGUUCAGGUUUUUUCUCGGGAAAAUUUAUCGUGGACGGUAAGUUGGUUUUUUUUUUCUUGAUUUCCUUUUUAAUCCGAGAAGAACAGGCUUCGAGCUCAAGCCAUCUUUUUGAGAAAGUUCUAAAGACAUUAUCCUCCUACAAAUUUCAAUUUUCUCCAGAAAAGGGAAAGGAAAAGAAAGUUUUCUAGAUUACGGGAUUAAUCCUUGGGGAGUCUGGACUCUUUUUGGAUGAUUGAUUUACGCGGAGAGAUAGGAAUCGAUUUUUUUUGUUUCGGAGUAUAAGGAUGCUGUGGAGAUCAAAAGAAGCUUUCGGCUUGAGUUAGUUUGCGAUAAUGUCAUUGUGUGAUUUUACGUCGAGAUUGGAAGGAUUUUUCAGAUUUUGAAAUGAGGAAUUUCGGUAUAAUUUGAGGCUGCAAAGUUGCAACUAUGAGUUGCAGCAGCGAGAGCAGAGUCGAGGAGGAAGAAUCGAGAACCCCCCACCGGAACUGUUUCACGGCGUGUCCGGAGUUGACUAUUGAUGAGAACUUGCUUCUUGACCCCAAAUUGUUGUUUAUCGCCUCCAAAAUCGGCGAGGGAGCUCAUGGGAAAGUUUAUGAAGGAAGGUCAGUGUAAUUACCCAUAGCCAUAGGACCAGUGGUAGAGAAAGUCAGUCUCAUGAAUUGAAGAUUAUAGUUUACUAUUCAUAAAAGAUAAUAAUGUGUGAAUUUUGGUGCGCCGUACUUUUGAACAUAUUCUUAACAUGGAAUUGUAUGUAACAGGAUAAUUUAGUUUACUAAGAAUGAGAACUAUUGUUGUUUCUAUGAAUAGAGAAUGAUGGGGGCA